AUGUUGUUGCACCAUGCAGGCUCGAGCCGAUUGAACGAUCUCAAUCCCGCCAACAGACAGACAGGGCUCAUCCACGAAGCCGCAUCUGGGAAUUCUGUCUGGGUGGUGGAGGAGCUGGUUCGCAGGGGCGCAGACCCCAAUCUACGGUCAGGACCAGCUGUUGGCUCCCUACCGGCGUUAGUAUACCACAUCUUACAACGGCAUCUCGACACCGCCAAGGCCUUGUUACACAAUGGGGCGGAUCCAACAGAGCAAAAUCCGACGGGGAUGGAUUGCGUCCUUGCUGCGUCGCGCUCGGGUUGCAGCAGUUUCCUUGAGGAGCUCGCUCGUGCCGAUGGAGAGUACUCGUGGAGGAUAGACUCGCGGCGAACUUGCACCUUUCCUCGCGACAGGGUCCGGCCUCACGCUAGCUCUAUAUCGGGCCUGGGUGCUUUGCACCUCGGCGCAUAUUUGGGCCACGUGGACUGCCUAAGAUUCUAUCUGGACCGGCAACUACCAGUACUAGAAGAGAUCGACUGUUUAACUUCAGACGGACAUACUCCUCUGUUAGCUGCCGCAGUGGCCGGAAGGGUGCGGGAAGUAGACUAUCUCUGCCGGAAGGGAGUCCAGAUUGACUUCCAAUACCCAACCACCGGUAAGACAGCAUCGCAUCUCGCCGCAUUGGAACAUGCCGUCCGGUCCGGCCACCUUGAGCUUUGCAAAGAGGUGCGUGCGAGGGGCUGCCCUCUCGACGUCGAUCUUGCGUGUGGAGGCUGCUCACCUCUAAUUCUGGCGACCCGGAACGGCAAGUUCGAUAUUGUCCGAUGGCUGCUCGAGAACGGUGCCUCAACUACCAAGAUUUCCUGCAGGCGCCGCCCAUAUGUGGAUCACAAUCAUUCAAGGAUCGUAUUUUACCUAUCUGAACGCCCGACUUGGAAAGAGCGAAACACGGGGGGAUAG